CUCCUGCGCCGCCGCGCCUGCGCGCUGCGAGCCGCGCCGGGCCGAGGCGCUGCGCAAGGCGUGCGCGCCCGCCCAUGCUGUGCGCCGCGCUGUUCCCGCGCGUGCUGGGCCGUCGCUGCUGCUGCGCGCCCCGCGGCUGCUGGCCGGGCGGCACCGGGGGCCGCCCGCGGGUCGCCCUGGGGCCGCCGCCGGGCGGGGGCCGGCCCGUGGCGCUGCCGCCGCCGCCGCUGGGCGCCCGAGGGCUGCGCUGGGCCGGGAGGUUUUGCCAGCAUGCCACCACAGAGGCCUCUCAAGCCACCUUAGCUAGCGUGUCUCCUCUUUUUGCUGUGAUGAAGUUUGACAAAGAAGGAAAUACAAGCUAUUUUGAAAAAAAGAAAACAGAAUUGUACCAGGAAUUGGGUCUUCAAGCUCGAGAUCUAAGGUUUCAGCACCUGAUGAGCAUUACAACUAGGAACAACAGGAUCAUCAUGAGAAUGGAGGUAUUCUUGAAGGCUGUCAUAACACCAGAGUUUCUUCUGAUAUUAGAUUAUCGUAAUUUAAAUCUGGAACACUGGCUCUUCAACGAACUAGCGUCUCAACUAGCUGGGGAAGGUCAACUAGUUACAUAUUCCUUGCCCUUUGAAUUCCGAGCCAUAGAAGCAAUCCUACAGUACUGGAUCAGCAAACUGCAGGGGAGACUUAACACUUUGCAGCCUCAGAUCCUUGAGACUCUGGAAGCUCUAGUGGACCCCAAGCUUUUGUCUGUGGAUAGGAGUAAACUACACAUUCUCCUGCAAAAUGGCAAGAGCUUAUCAGAACUGGAAACAGAUCUUAAAGUUUUCAAAGAAACAAUUCUGGAGAUCUUAGAUGAAGAAGAAUUAAUAGAAGAGCUCUGUCUAACUAAAUGGACUGAUCCACGAGUAUUUGAGGAGAGCACAUCUGGGAUUGACCAUGCAGAAGAAAUGGAGCUUCUGCUGGAGAACUAUUACAGACAAGCAGAAGAUCUUGCAAAUGAAGCUCGUGAACUCAGAGUAUUGAUUGAUGACUCAGAAAGCAUAAUCUUUAUCAACUUGGACAGCCACCGUAACGUGAUGAUGAGACUGAACUUGCAGCUGACUAUGGGGACUUUCUCUCUCUCCCUCUUUGGACUGAUAGGAGUUGCAUUUGGUAUGAACUUGGAGUCAUCUCUUGAAGAAGACCCCAGAAUAUUUUGGCUAGUGACUGGGAUUAUGUUUCUGGGAAGUGGUUUGAUAUGGCGACGUUUGCUUUCGUUCCUUGGGCGGCACCUGGAACCUUCACUACCUCCUCACGUUCCUGCAGUUUUGAAAAAGACUCAACCAGCAGCUGGAAGAAUGGAGAUAAAGAGCGACCUUAAAGCAGAAACAUUUGGGCUGAGCAGAAGCACCCUGACAAACCACUAGAACAGCAGGAAUGAAGAGACUUUUGUUGUUACAGGGUGGACUUUGAACACUUUCCUUACAUUUGUUCUUCCCUACUGAAAACCUUGAGAAUUUCUAAACUUAAGUUAAUUUAUAUUUUGUGCCAGAAAGCUGUGGUGAGAUUUUAAUGCUCACACACAAAAGGAAAGAAACAUCAGGAAAAACAGUGAGAAGCCUUCCAUGAUAGCCUCACAUAUGUUCCCAUGUAUGUUCCAUUAUAUUUCUGUGUCCACACGUCAUACAUAGGUACUCAUUUUGAGGCAUUCUCAUUUCAAGCUUUUCUGUCAAAACAUGGCCUUCCUUGGAUCAAAAUUUUCAGCCUAAAGGACAACAGAUAGUCAGCAUUAAUCAAAGAACUUGUUUGUAUUCUGAUAAUUCUGGUUAUGAGCUGCAGCAGCUGAGUCAGGAAUCUGACUUCAAAGAAAAAUCUGCCCCUUUUAUGGAUUUUUUUUGAAGCUCUAUUUAAUUGCAGAGAACAGAUUUUCAAAAGCAAAAAGCAUACCUGCACCUCUUAUGAAGUACUACCUCUAAAUUACCAGUAACCAGAAAUAACUAACAUAAUACUACUCACUUAAAAUAGGAGAAACCAUAAUAGUCUUUUGAAAUGUAGCUACUUAUAUUAGGUAUUCCUUGGCAAUUGAGGCCCAAAAUGUAUUCAGUUUUAUUAACCAGAAAAGCAGACCCAUUCACAGUGCACACUUGUGCUUGCCCUUUGCUGCUGUUUCUGUAUGUGUUGAUACAGCUGCAGUUGAACAAUUCCUUAUGUUAUUACAGGGACUGAUUCAGACCUUGUUUUAAAAAAUAAUAAAACAGUUUUUGGAUUCUCCUGGGGUCAGCUUUCUCACAUUUUUUUUAAAGAUGAAAAGACAAGACAAAUGGUGGACUAGUCUGCACUACAGCAAAUUGUGAGGGCCAGGCUGUGUGGGGCUAAGGCUCUCUGCAGCUCUAGGCCUGGGAGGCAGCACCUGAGUGAGUUAAUGGGUGUGGAAUUCUGGUGUGAGUCCUGUGAUUGACUGAAGGAGUAAAAUUUGUAGCCCCGUUAUUUUUUUUCUUAGGACUUACUUACCUUUGAACUUUGAGGGCAUGAUUCUCCACUGACUAAUCUCAGUGUAGAGAGGAAGUAUGAAAUCCUUCCAAAUCAGGUCACAAGCUUUCAAGUCUUUGGGCUUUUUUUUUUUUUACUUCUCUUUAACAUACAGUAAGUAGCCCCUUAGGUGCCACCAGAUAAAUCACUGUACUUAACAGGGGCUGAAAAGACAAAAAUUGUAGCUGUGAACAUUUUGACUUGAGUCUGACAAGUAAAAAAUGGAAAUGAAAGGGUAUAGUAAUUAGUAUUAUGCAGGUCUGUAAUCUUAGUGUGGUUAAAAUCUGUUGUACUUAAUUACUGCCAAACAGUUGUUCUUGCUUCAGAGGUGACUUCAGCUAUAGGUAUAAAAGGUAUAGGAUGGUAAGAAAUUAAUGGGGUUUGUAAUGCUUUUGUUUUCAAUUUAUAGUUGAACUCUGUUGCAGGCUGCUCUGUGCUUGACAAGUAGAGAUUUAAACACCUUAGAGCAAUCUAGUGGAAAAAACAAUGGCUCACAUACCUUGGCUGAUAAAUGAGCAAAGGGACACAGAUGCUGAUGUUUUCAGCCAAGUAGCAAUUGCAUUAGGCCAGGACUGAAAUGUGUUGGUGCCGCUGUAUGGGAAGCUUUCACUGAUGCUUCCCAAGCUCUGUCUUCUGUGCAGCUGGAGGUUUCUGUGAACUGUAUUGACCGUUUCCUGUACGUAACUAACUUAAAGCACAAUAAAAGCAUUUAAAAAAAGACA